AUGUCUGAAUCACCCGUAGCGGCCACCAAGACAGAGCAGCCGAAGGCCGUGGUAAAAGCUGCCGAUAUGUCAGAGAAACUGCAACAAGCAGCCGUCGAUAUUGCCUCAGACGCCCUGGAGAAAUGGAACAUCGAGAAAGACAUUGCUGCUUUCAUCAAACGGGAGUUCGAUCAGCGACAUGGGGGAACAUGGCAUGUGGUAGUAGGGAGAAAUUUUGGUAGUUAUGUCACUCAUGAAACCGGGCAUUUCAUUUACUUUUACAUGGGUCAGAUAGCCAUUCUAUUAUUUAAAAGUGGAAAUUGA